CCUUGGCAUGUCUGAAUGGGUAAAAGCAUACAACUUUUGGAUUCAUUGGUUGGGUGCAUGUGCACAUACACUCACAUAAUGAAGAGAAAAAGAGAGAAAAGAAACUGGCCUUCUGUAGAAUUUCAGUUUACAACUGUAGAUCCUGAGUCCCAGAUGGAAUUCAUUGGACUGGUUAUACUUGCUUGCCUAAGUUAUCUUGGAAAUUUACCUUGAACUUUUGUUUUCACCCAUAAAAUAAGUAAGACAUAAUAUGCAUUAGCUUUCUAUUUGCUGCUACAAGUUAUUACAGGUCUAUUGACUUAGAAUAACACUGAUCUUGUUACACUGACUUACCUAGAGAGACCAGGAAACUUCCAUCUCAUCAUGCUUAGUCACAUCUGCCAGAGUGUGUGAGGUAAAUUCAUAUGUCUAAAGGUUAGAAUAUGGAUAUCUUUGGGGUUUUAUUUUCUAUACUGGAUUCUAUGGUGGAACCCAGAAGGUUCUUUGUUUUGUUGUGUUUCCCAAACAGGGUCUCACUAUAAUAUAUGGAGUCCUGGCUGUCUUGGAACUCACUAUGUAGACCAGACUGGCCUCAAACUCACAGAGAUCCGCCCUACCUCUACUUCCCAAGUGCUGGGAUUAAAGGUGUGUGUUACUAUUCCUGGUCCUAGAAGGUGCUUAAUACUAAACUAAAGACAUUUCUUCAGUUUAAGAGUUUAGCACUGGAGAGAUGGAUCAGCAGUUAAGAUUAUUAGAUGCUCUUCUAGAGGACCUGAGUUUAACUCCCAGCACCCACAAGAUAGCUCACAAUUAUCUGUAACUCCAGUUCUAAGGGUUCUGAUUCCCUCUUAUGACCUGAGGAUACCAAGCACAUACUGGGUGCACAGGUGUACAUGCUAGCAAACCACUUGUACACAUAUAAAUAAAAUAACUAUUAAAAGGGGGACUUAUCCCAUAUAAUGCUAGGCUUAUAGCUUGGUAAAUUUUCUAUGAGAAUUUUCUCUUUCCAGAUUGUUCUUGGGCUCUGGAGCCUGUGAUAUGUUGCACUAUUUCUUGGAGAGUCUUAAACAAAUGUCUGCUCACCCCAGAUAGGGAAUCAGGGACAGACCAAAGUACAAAUGCCACUUAGGUCCAAGUUGGCAAACCACUGAGUUUAUUGGGGCCAUUUACUGAAUGGAGCAGGAAUGACUUAAAGACAGCUGCCUCACCAAAACCGUCCCAGCAUGGAUGAUGACUGCCAAAAGUUGGAAUCCUGGAGCACACUGCUUGACUUCCAGGCAACUCGCCAGAUGCACCCACUGGGCCUGUGUAAUAACAAUGAUGAAGAGGACUUGUAUGAAUAUGGCUGGGUAGGAGUGGUGAAGCUCGAACAGCCAGAAUUGGAUCCCAAACCAUGUCUCACUGUCUUGGGCAAGGCCAAGAGAGCAGUUCAGCGGGGAGCCACUGCAGUUAUCUUUGAUGUAUCUGAAAACCCAGAAGCCAUUGACCAGCUAAACCAAGGCUCAGAAGACCCUCUUAAGAGGCCAGUGGUAUAUGUGAAGGGUGCAGAUGCCAUCAAGCUGAUGAACAUUGUCAACAAGCAGAAAGUCGCUCGAGCAAGGAUCCAGCACCUCCCUCCUCGACAACCCACUGAGUACUUUGACAUGGGGAUUUUCCUGGCUUUCUUCGUCGUCGUCUCCCUGGUUUGCCUCAUUCUCCUUGUCAAAAUCAAGCUGAAGCAGCGUCGUAGUCAGAAUUCCAUGAACAGGUUGGCCGUGCAGGCUCUGGAGAAGAUGGAAACCAGAAAGUUCAACUCCAAAAGCAAGGGGCGCCGGGAAGGAAGCUGUGGGGCCCUGGAUACACUUAGCAGUGGCUCCACAUCUGACUGUGCUAUCUGUCUGGAGAAGUACAUUGAUGGAGAGGAACUUCGGGUCAUCCCCUGUACCCAUCGGUUCCACAGGAAGUGUGUGGAUCCAUGGCUGCUGCAGCACCACACUUGCCCCCACUGUCGGCACAACAUCAUAGAACAAAAGGGAAAUCCGGGUGCUGUUUGUGUUGAGACCAGCAACCUUACACGUGGUCGUCAGCCAAGAGUGACCCUGCCAGUACAUUACCCCGGCCGUGUGCAUAGGACCAACGCCAUCCCAGCCUACCCUACCAGGACAAGUAUGGACUCCCAUGGCAAUCCUGUCACACUGCUGACCAUGGACCGGCAUGGGGAGCAGAACCUCUAUUCUCCACAGACCCCUACCUAUAUCCGUGGCUACCCAUCCCUGCACCUGGACCACACUCUGGCCCCUCACCGCUGCAGCCUGGAACACCGGGCCUACUCACCAGCCCAUCCCUUCCGCAGGCCCAAGUUCAGUGGCCGCAGCUUCUCCAAGGCAGCUUGCUUCUCCCAGUAUGAGACCAUGUACCAACACUACUACUUCCAGGGUCUCAGCUAUCCAGAGCAGGAGGGCCAGCCUAUUCCCAGCCUUGCACCCAGGGGUCCAUCCCGUGCCUUCCCACCAAAUGGUGGCAGUAGCCUGCUCUUCCCCACUGUGGUGCACAUGGCCCCUCCCACCCAUGUGGAGAGUGGCAGCUCUUCCAGCUUCAGCUGCUACCAUGGGCACCGUUCUGUGUGCAGUGGUUAUCUGGCAGACUGUCCUGGCAGUGAUAGCAGCAGUAACAGCUCUGGUCAGUGCCGCUGCUCUUCCAGUGACUCCGUGGUGGACUGCACAGAAGUCAGCAACCAAGGUGUGUAUGGGAGCUGUUCCACCUUCCGCAGCUCCCUCAGCAGUGACUAUGACCCCUUCAUCUACCGCAGCCGGGGGCCUGCUGUACAUCUUGAGGGCUCCCCACCACCAGAGGAGCUCCCAGCAACACACAGUCAAGGUGCUGGGCGGGGUGAGCCAUGGCUAGGCCCUGCCUCUCCCUCAGGGGACCAGCUGUCCACCUGCAGCCUGGAGAUGAACUACAGCAGCAACUCCUCGCUGGAACCCAGAGGGCCCAACAGCUCUACCUCAGAAGUGGGGCUCGAGGUUUCUCCUGGGGCUGCCCUGGACCUCAGGAGGACCUGGAAAGGGGGUCCAGAGGGACCAUCAUGUGCUUGCUGCUUUGAUCCCCAGCCCUCUUCCCUGGGCCCUGGGACAGGAGCAGCUUCUGGUGGCAGCACCUUAUUCCUGGGUCCCCGGCUCCUUGAAGACUGCAACCCUACAAGUGGGGAGCCACAACCAGGGAGCUCCCAAGGCCUGUAUGGCCUUCACUCAGACCAUUUUCCCAGGACAGAUGGGGUAAAAUAUGAGGGCCUGCCCUGCUGCUUCUAUGAAGAGAAGCAGGUGGCCCACAGUGCUGGCAGGGGCAAUGGCUGCUACACUGAAGACUAUUCGGUGAGUGUGCAAUACACACUCACUGAGGAACCCCCACCCAGCUGCUAUGCAGGAGCCCGGGAUCUGAGCCAGCGUAUCCCCAUUAUUCCAGAGGAUGUAGACUGUGACUUGGGCUUGCCUCAAGACUGUCAAGGGAUGCAUAGCCACGGCCCCUGGGGUGGGAUGCUGGGCUUGGACGUCCCCAGACUCCACUGGAGUCUAGGGACAACUCGGGAAGAGGAACAGGCUCCAUGCUACCAAGCUGAGGUGCCACUGCAGCCUGGCUGCUCUCCAGAGGAGGCGGAUGCUUCCAGGGCUAGCCUCUCCAGUGCUCCCCAGGACACUCAGGAGUCCCAUGCCCUGGCUGCUGAGGCUUCAGGUGAGAGCAGAUGAUAGUAGGUAUUUGUAUAGGGGUUCUCUUCUCAGGCCUUUUCUGUUUGGCUUUUUCUGUGACUUGGCUUCUGUACCUGAUAGUUUUCAAACGUUGCUUCUUAGCUCCACCCAUCCUCAAAUCCUCUACCCAUGAUAUUGGCAUCUCUUCCCUUCAGAUACUUCACACCCAAUAGGAAUCGCAAUUUCAUCAACUGUUCUGCAUCUCCUGUGGUCCCCUUAGUCCAUCCCUGUGCUUCUUAGCAAAGUCCUCCCGACAGACCUCGCUGUACUUGCCUACUGUCCCAUUUGGGUGACCUAAGUCACCAUCCUUACACUAGAAACACUGUAAUGACUCAUUCCCUUUAUAAGAUGUCCUUUGACAGGGAGGGAGGUUGUUUGGUUGGUUUUUGGUUUGAUUUGGUUUGGGUUUGGUUUUUGGUUUUUUUGAAACAGGGUUUUUCUGUGUAGCCCUGAAUGUCCUGGAACUCAACUCUGUAGACCAGAGUGGCCUUGAAUUCAGAAGAUCUCCCUAACUCUGCCUCCCAGGUGCUGGGAUUUAAGGCGUGCACAUAAGAUGUCUUCUAAGUGGAGCUUCUUCCUUGAUCCCUGCAGCACGUCAGGUCCAUUUACAUCCCUAGACCUCUCUAGAUCUCGGCUCAGUGGCCUUCCUUUCCUUAUCAGUGUCUCUCUUGCUUCCUCUGCUCUUCCCUAAGUCCUUGUGGGAAGAUCUGUGUGAUCUGUCUUCCCUGCUUCUUCAGUGCCACUAGGAAUUCAAUUUUCUACAUUAUGAUUCCAUGACAUCUUAGUACUUCCAGAAGACUGUAUAGCCAAAAAAGGAAGACCUGUCCCCAGGUACAACUAUGUAGACUUGAGCCCCUCAGGAAAGAAGCCAUUGCUGUCCCUCCCCCGUCACUCACAUAGUCCACCCACCAUUGUGAACUGUCACUUCCAAGAGCCCACCUUACCUGGUACAUACUGCCCAAAGCCUGCUGCGCCAGCUCUCCACAACCUUGGCUCUUCUCCCUCUCUCUCCCAGGACCAGGAUCUGGCCCAGGCAUCGGUACGGGAGCUUGAGCUCAGAAGGAACUCUUUUGUAAAAAUCGGAAACUGUACGGAGACUUCUAAGUCUGGCUUCCUUCAAAACUAAUAUAUAUAUUAGUACAUAAUAUAUAUAUUAGUAUAUUAAUAUAUAUAUUAGUUUUGACAAACACAAAAGUGGUAAUAAAGAGAGCCCUUCUCAACCCAAAAUGUGAGCCUCCUGUGGCAUCCCCUUCCCAUUAACAAACCAACAGACAAAAUCUCUUGAGUCCUUUGUCUCUUUUAAUAAUGUGUUAUUCUGUUUUGUAAUGUGUGUUUGGGGUUCUGAGGUGUGUGGGAUUGAGUUCUCUUUUUUUUUUCUAAGAUGUUAUAUAUAAAUGUAAAAAGUUAUUUAAAUAUAUAUUUUAAAGAACCCUAACCACCAACUUUUGAUGAAAAAGAAAAAAGAUCACUGCUGCAUUAUUAAAUGAACCACAUCAUGUGUCGAUACUGUUGUCUCCUUGGUGGGACCUCAGGCCUUUGAAAAGCUCAGGGUUACACCUGCCUUAUUGAAAAUGAACCAGAAACUUGAAGUAAAAAGCUAGUUGAUAGGGGUACAAACUCCGAGGAACAAUGCAAAGCUGCCUCUCCUUUUUCCCUUUUUUUGAGGCAAAUCUGGACUUCAGAGCUUCUGGGAAGCUCUACCUCUCCUGCCCAAACCUGUAGGCAGCCAUGGAACUGCUAGGAACAGGAGGGAAAGGAGAGGUGUCAAACCAUUGUUGCCUAUGCCCCAGGUUGUUGGGGAGCAUUGUGCCCAUUGUCUUCUGUUCCUUUGGGUCAUCACCUUUGUCCCAGCAGAAUCCAAGACUGGCCAGUCCUGUCACUAGGCCCUCUCCUGCAUUCUGACCACUGUGGCAAGGAAGAGAAACUCUCCCCCUUACUGUCCAGCUCUCAAGUUCUGUCAGAUUGUUCUGGACUUCGUGCUAUCAAUUGCAGAGGUGAUUUGAAUGGGGUGUGCAGGACAGACACCCAGGAGGAAUGUUGCUUUGUGGCCUUGGUGUCCUAUGGGACUGGAGAAACAAGCGCUCCUCUCACCCAGCAGCAGUACACCGCCCCUUGAAAAAAGGCAUGCUGGGACACACCUGUGCCCAUGGGUCUAGGGGCAGCCACCUCCCCCAGCUACUGCCCCCUUUGGUUGCCUUUCUAGUCAAUAUAUACUUGACCCAUGGGGGCGUGCACUAAACUUCAUUUGAAUCAAUUUUCCAACCCCAGAAAAAGGCCUCAGGGCUCUUUGGGCCUCUGCCUGGUAACUGCAGUGGCUCACCCCACCAGCAGAGGUCUGCUAGCCUGUCUGCCUGAUGCACUAUUAUGUACUGAUUCUCCACGAGACAGACUAUCAGAUAGUUCAGACCCAAAGGGUAGCCUUUUGUAUGUUUUUUUCCCGGCCUCUUCUUUUUUAAGGGGAAGGGAGUUUUUUAAACCCAAACCAUUUUUUUUUUGGUUGUUUUUGUCGUUCUUGUUGUUUUUAAGAUGUUUUGUUUUUAAAAGGGAGAGAAUUUAUUGAAAACUACUUCAGGGAUUGUAAUCCUUUUUGUCCAAUAUAGUCCUUUUUCUUAAAAAUGUUUUUCUUUUCCUUAGAGGAAACUAAUCGGGUUGGCCCUGUGUCAGUAGCUUUUCUGGUCACUUUUAUUCAUUCAUUUAGCCGAUAUCUUUUGCCAUCGGAAAGAGUUUGGCCUAGUGGAUCUGAAAGCUCAGUUACAGAAUGGGAACCUUGAAACCUGAGGAAACAGGGACUACCCUAUGUUACCAGAGAUAGAAAUGACCCCUCUUCCAGUCAGACUCCCAGGAAGUCAAUCCAGGGGCCUGACUACAUAGUUUGAGGCCAUCGGAAUGCUUUGUUCUUUAGAACCCCAUCUUUAGAUGAGGACAUUGACUUAUUUCUAGCCAGGAUCUGACAGAAAGAAGUCCCCACAUCAGGUGAUCCAGCCAUUCACCCUUUAAGAAGUGGCUUUCAUAAAAUCUGUUCUUCCGCCCAACUCUGGGGGUCUGUUGCUUGAAGGCUCCUCCCCCAGGCUGUGCUCAGUGCACCUGUUGGUGAGGGUGUGAGAAGGGCCUAAGCUGUUGACAUGUGAUCGGGGUUGCCUUUAUUUCUGGGGCCAGGAGUUGCAGCUGCUAAGAACAAGAGCUUGCAUUACUUUGCAGUGGGAAUGGGGCACAGCUUUUAACAUGAACUGCAAAGCUGCAGCUUCUCACUGUCGAAAUGUUUGUUUUUUCAGGUUGUACUUUUUUUUUUUUUUCCAUUUUUAGUGUCUGCAUGUGCAUAUCUCUCCCUUGGCUGAAACAAACCCCGGAAAGACUUGUCUUUGCCCUGGCUAGAAAACCAGUUCUCAAUAGUCUUAAGACAGAAAAGAAUAGAGAAUUUGACCGCCACUGGAAGAAGUCAGAUGAACAGGUCCAGCUAUCCUCUGAAAGAGUGGCAGCGGUGGGGGACAAACACUUGUAGUUGUAGUUUGGGGGUAGUAGAAACAAAAGGAAGACUUAGAAGCAAUCACCAUCUUUGUGUUCCCUCAUCAGACCAGAACAAAAUCACCUGUCAACUGUCUCGUGUCACCAUUUCAAUAAAAAGAAAUUGUGUCUUUGAAGUUCCAAGUACCUACCCUCUUUCGAGGAGGGGGAGGCAGAAAUAGACCAGUAGUGUGUGGCAAUUGCAUAAUCAUGGACAAGGAGCACCUCACUUUCCCCUGGGAACCUCUGUACCAUCCAAGUGUGUGUGAUAGCUAGUAUAAACUUGAUACCACCCCUGGGUGUAAAACAGCCAUGUCAACUGUAGCAUUCUAGAGUCAGAUGAAAAGGAAAGGUUGGGCAUUCUGAUCCAUGAGAUACCUCUUCACAGCUCCUAUGGCUAACGGUUCCUCUCUCCUCCAGGCCCAGGUCAUUUUACUAGAUUCCAUCUUUAGUCCUGUGGUUCAAGCCUGCCCCUGUGUCUUCUGAUCUCAAAGUUCACACAGGACUAAUGUUUUUUAAAUGUGGUCUAUAAAAGAAUUAGUUGAAAGUAUCAUCUUUUAAACUGAUCAGCUUUUUUCUGUUCCUUCCAUAAACUUUUUGUAUUGUUGGUCUAACGAGACACUUUUUUUAAAAAAAAAUUUCUUCCAUAGCACUUAAGAUUUUUGUAAAGACUUUGCUGUAAAGGCUUUGUGAUAAAAUGAUCUAAGGGCUCUUUUCAACAUUACCAUUUGAAAAACUGUUUUUAAAGCUAGAAAACAACUUAUGUAUAUUCUGUAUAUGUAUAGCAACACAUUUCAUUUAUGGAAAUAUGUUCUCAGAAUAUUUAUUUACUAAUAUAUUUAUCUUAAGCCAUGUCUUAUGUUGAGAGUGUGAUAUUGUUGAAAUAAUCAUUGAAAAUGACUAACAAGGCCCUGUAAAUACAUGAUAAUUGCACACAGAUUUUACAUAUUUGCAGACCAAAAAUGAUCUAAAGCAAGUUGUAGUCCUCUAUGGUUUUGUAACAAAUUGUACAAAUGACUGUAAAAAAAAAAAUACAAUUUUAU